AUGAUAUCCCGGAAACCUGAACCUCAAGCACUGUCCAUACGAACAAACUCGAUCAUAUCCUCUCCUGCCUCGUCUUUCGACGGGUUCGACGGCGGGGAAAUCAAAAUGGCCCUCUCCGACUGCCAAAAGGCACCCUUGACCGUCUCCAUACCCAAAAACAUCCCCAGCCCACACAGCCGGAAACCCAACCUGGCCGAGAUCCUCGCCAACAAUGCACCGCCGCCAUACACAUUGACCUCCUUCAUGGCCUUCCUGUCCCAAAACCACUGCCUCGAGAAUCUGGAAUUCACUAUGGACGCUUCCAGGUAUCGCAAGCACUACUCCAAGAUGGUCAACCGCCACCCGGGGACCCCCAUUUCUCCUCUGUCAGACGAGUGUGCCUACGUCCUCAUGCUUUGGCGCCGCUUGAUAGACGCCUACAUCCGGGAAUCUGGACCACGCGAGGUCAAUCUCCCCGCCGAGGUUCGUGAUAACCUGCUGGCUCUGUCAGACUCUUAUGUACCACCCCACCCAUCCACUCUGGAUGAGGCUGUUGCCAAGAUCUACGAGCUCAUGGAGGAGGGCGUGCUUCUGUCCUUCCUGAACUCUGUCAGUCCUCAGAGUGCCCACCCUAGCAUCAUGAGCCAUGAGAGCUACACGGCCAGUGUCAACCGCUCCGCAACCCGCAGCUACGAUGAACGCAGUGUCUCCCACAAGCACGUUCCUGCCCAUCAGCGUGCGUCGGCGCCCUCGUCACUGACGGCUGGCUUCAUGCACUCUCGUCCCUUCUCGCACUCCCGCUUCCACUCCCAGCCAACCUCGUCUGGCUCUCCUGUUACUCGCGUCACCUCUGGCUACACCAGUGGCAGUGAUACCAUGACCGAUGACACAGGCAGUGCAAGCCCUUCCAUGAGCGAUCCCCUCACCCCUCCAGGCACACCACCCAUGAGCGACUACCCAAUGGUUGAAUCCACCCACAUUUACUACGAGAAUGGAUCCCACAGCGGCACGCCCAGCCCCCGCACAAGUCGCGUGGAGCACAAUGGCAUCGGUGCUGCUACCAGAGAUAGCUGGAAGCGCGUCAGCAGCAAGCUUUGGCCCAAGAAGAAGAGCGGUGGCCAGCUGCGAGAGGACGAGCACAUGGUCGUCGACUCACCUGGAGGCUUCAUCUAG